UCCCGAUUUUCCUCCGCCGUCCACCGCCGCGACCGCCAUGGUUCCUUCCUUUGUGCCGAGCAUACGCUUCAGCUCCACUUCUUCCACCAUCUUCCUUCCAUUUGGACCGUUUCCCAUCACAGCGGCGAAAUUCCCACAUCAGGAAGACAAACCCACUACUCAAUCCCCUCGCCGUCGAAGAAAUUCCGCCUCUCCGUCGCUCUAUCUAUGGAACCAGCGGCCCCGAAGUUCGUGUACUCUGUUUGGGCGCUCCCGCCGGAAGACGGGGUGGCGCCGAGGCUGAGGGAGCUGAUGGGCGGCCUGAGAUCGGCCUUCGGCGGGCCUAAGUUCGAGCCCCACGUGACCGUCGUUGGGGCCAUCGAGCUGACGGAGGAGGACGCUCUGAAGCUGUUCAGGGCAGCCUGCGACGGCCUCAAAGCUUACACUGCUACGGUCGAUCGUGUGGCCACCGGCACUUUUUACUAUCAGUGCGUUCAUCUCCUCCUCCAUCCUACACCUGAGGUUAUGGAAGCUAGUGCACACUGCUGGAGGCAUUUCGGGUAUAGGCAAUCAACACCUUACAUGCCUCAUUUGAGCCUCUUGUAUGGAGACCUAUCGGAGGAAGAGAAGAAGGCGGCUCAAGAGAAGGCUAAUUCCCUUGACGAGACCAUCGGCAGCCUCAGCUUCCCGAUCUCUCGCCUUGCACUCUACAAAACGGACACGGAGGAUAAGACCUGCCUUUCAUGGGAAAAGGUUGCCGAGUGCACUCUCAGCUCAUCUUAGAAGUUCUUCUUUAACUUCUUGCGGUCUGCUCCCUUUUUACCUUGUAAUAAGUUUGUAAUUUACUAAUCUCUGUAUCUCCUAACCUUCCCCCAAAUGAGUGUUGGUUCUUCCAAGCUCUGAGGAAGGUGUGCUCGGUGUUUACGCCUUGCUUAUGAGCAACCGUUUGUGCUACUGUCAAGAAUCACUUUGAUGUCUAAUCAAUUUAAGGAGUUGGAUGAUGUUGCGAACGCUCAUGAUACCACAGAUGUUCAGUUGUGAGUUCGUUCGGACAUGGUCUUGUGAAUAUACACAACGGAAAUUUUCUCUA